AUGUCGGAGUACGGCAAACUCUUCAAUUCCAACCCUUACCCGUAUCCCCAGCCGCCUGUAGAGUCUUCAUCCUACUAUGGCUCCAAUCCUCCCAGUCUCCAGGGAAGCCUAGGAAGCCAGGGAUCUUUCUCCAACUUCAACAGUUUCCGUACAAGUGUGGGAAGCCAGGCCUAUGUCUCCCGCUUUCAAGAGCAUAUGAACCUCAGCCAGGCACGCUCUCCUGUACCUCCAGAUCUCUUUCCCGACAACUCAGAUACAGCAGGACUCACAGGGACAAUCACCUCUCAACAAGGGACUGAUGAGACUCCCAAGUUACAAGAAAUAGGUGAAACUAGAGAAGCCAUUACAAAGGUCCCGACAAUUACCCCGGCGAACAACACCGAGACUAAGAUCAGCGGCUCCAUCGAUGCUACUUUCAACGCAGUUGCUGCCCCGCCUCCCGAAAACACAAUCAAUACCUCAAUUCUUCGAGUUCAGAGAAGCGAAGUAAACCUACGCCCUCCUAAUCUGGCCGGGGAUAUUCGAAAGCAGAUCAGCACUCCAAGUUUCCGCGAUUCGCUUACCUCGGCUCCCUCUGAAAACAGCCGCUCUAGCAUUUUUGGUAGUCUGAGAAGGAGUAAGGUUACUGUCCCUCCCGUGAUAGUUGAUCUGCCCUACGUAAUCCCGCCUCUCACCUACAUCCAGCCACCCGCGGCGCCUCCCGCGCUACUUGCUCCGCCGGGUCCUACAGAUCUUCCAUACGUUCUUCCCCCCCUCACCUACAUCCAAGUACCCGGUGAACCUAUCCCAAGUCCUAUCAAGCCUGCGCUUCCAAUGGUCACUGUCACUCAGCCGUCACCUAAAGCACGCCCUGCAGACAAGCUCGAGCUCGAGCACACUGAGAACACCGAGGACAAUGUUAGUGUCUCCACCCCAGCUAACCUCGUCUCCCAACUCCGCGUCGAGCAGUCCAUCCGGACCUCCACUAGCCGUGAGUGUGUCUCAAUGGACGUCCACCGCUCGACAGCCCUGCAAAUGGACAUCGCCGAACAACGCUUCACCGCCCGCGCCGCCAUGACCGACAAAGAACGGCGCGACGCAGAGAAGAGGUCACUCCGCGUCAAGGCGGAGCUCGAUAAGUUCAACAAGGAAGAAGAGAAGCAGGCUGCCAUUCGCACCAAAAAGCAGGAGGCGGAGGAGCGUAAGAGACUCAAAGCCGAGGAUAAGGAGGCGGAGACGGCGAUUAGGGCAAGGGAUAAGGAGAGGAGGAAGGUUAGGAAACAGUUGGAGAGACGCCAUGGGAAUAUGGAGAGGUUUGCGCAGAGCGAGUUUCAGAUGAAACUUGAGCGCUUUGCCAGGAAGAUGAAGAGCUGGGUUGGGUUGGGACCAGAUCCGGGGUGGGAUUAG